GCCGGAUUCUAGCUCUCCUGGCGCAAAAAGGGAGCAAGAGCUGCAAACGAGAGCACCGGAGCGAGUUAUCAGCUUCUCUCCAAGCCAUACAACACACCUCGCCGCCAGCGCGCGCCGCCCAGCGAUGCCCCGCCAGCUCCUUCUCCUGGCUGCUGCAGCCUCAGCCCUCGUCGCGCCGACACGCCAGUCGCCGCGCGCCGCUUCCUUACAAGCGAAGAAGACCGUCUUCAUCGACGGCGAGGCGGGCACCACCGGUUUACAAGUAUUAGAUCGACUCGCCACGCACCCGGACAUAGAAGUCCUGUCGAUCGACCCAGCCAGAAGAAAGGACGCCGCCGCGCGCAAAGAAGCCAUCGCCGAGGCCGACGCCGUCGUGUUAUGCUUACCGGACGACGCCGCGAGGGAAGCGGUCCAACUAGCAGAGGGCACGGACACGAAAAUAGUCGACGCAAGCACCGCCCAUAGGAUUGAUGAUAAGUGGGUCUACGGCUUCCCCGAGCUCGACGCGGCGCAGCGGUCGAAGAUCGCGUCGUCCACACGUGUGGCGAACCCCGGCUGCUACGCGACGGGUUUUAUUGCGGUCACCCGACCUCUGGUGGAUGCCGGUCUCUUGAAGCCGGAGGCGCGACUGGCCUGCUCCGCCGUGUCCGGUUACUCGGGGGGCGGCAAGCAAUUGACGGCCGUGUUUGAAGAACAAAGCCACGAGCCCUGGGGCGCCUACGGCUGGAACCUCGACCACAAACAUUUACCGGAGAUGGCCUUUCAUGGCCGGUUGGAGGAGCCGCCGGUCUUCCUGCCGGCGGUCGGCGCCUUUGCGCAGGGCAUGGUCAUCUCCGUGCCCGUUGUCUAUUCCAGAGAUUGUUCGGGCGUCGCCAAAGGUGAUCAAUUGCACGCAGCUUUACAAGCGCAUUAUGCCGGUUCUAAUUUCGUCAAGGUCAUGCCGCGCGGGUUAUCGGGGGCCACGGACGCUAAUCUUCUCGAGAGAGGCGCUUUCUUGGAACCAGAAAAGCUCAACGGGUCGAACGGUCUGGAGUUAUUUGUGUUCGACAACGACGCGCGAGGGACCGCCUGCUUAGUCGCGAGGCUCGACAACCUGGGCAAGGGCGCUUCCGGCGCGGCCGUCCAGAACCUGAACAUCAUGUUGGGUUUGGGGGAAGAUCUAGGAUUACAGCUAUAAG